GGAACUAAAGAAAAGGUUGUUGUGCAGUGUUUUAAAGAAAUUUUCGAUUUACUUUUAAAGAAAUCUAAUACCUUAACUUAUAAUAUUUAAAUUGAUCUUGUCUAUAAAAGAUUUAUAUUGUGAAGAAUUAUGUUAUAUUGAAUUAUUUUUACUUUACUUUGCAAAUUUUGCUUAUUUCGAAAGUUUGUUUACAUUUUACUACACAUUUUUGGUUAUUAAACUCUCUCUGCUGAAUUUAUUUAUAAUAAAUAUGAACGAAGAGAAAAAUAAUACAAAUGUGUAUAAGAAAAGAAAUAAAAAGAAACGUAUAAGUUUCGUGGCUAAAGCGAAAAGAGGGCAAAUGGGUGGCGGUACACGUUUGCCUGAGGAUUUGUAUCAAUAUUUUGCUGGAAUACUUGAUGCUAUCAAACAUGACGUCGAUGAAAAAGGUACCCUAGUCAACAAUGUAUUAAAAAGGACAAUAGGUGAAGAGCUAAAUGUUGUCGGGAACCAGCUCGGGUCUAGACUCGUUGAAAUAUUGCUACCGUUUGCAUCUGCUGAAGAUUUGGAGAGAUUCAUAGACAUACUUUCACCAGAGUUACGUAGACUCUGUUCUGAUAGCUUCUCUAGUCAUGUUGUAGAAAAAUUAUUAAGAGUAUCAUGUUGUAGAGCUACAGAAAACUUACAAAAUGAAGAUUCUGAGGAAACAGAGCCUAAAAAGAAGAAAAAGAAAAAUGAUGUGAAACCUGAUUAUAGUGAAGAACAUAUAAAGAAAUGUUAUAACUUCACAAUAAAAAUGUGUAAAUAUGCACUUAACAAUUUAGAAGACUUUGUUUGGGAUAACUAUGCCAACCACAUCUUGCGCAGUGCUAUCAAGAGUUUAAGUGGCAUAACACUACUUCCUGAUGAAAAACCUGAAGUAAAUAUGUUCGAAAAGACAAAGAUUAAGCAUAAUAAAGCUAUAACACCACUUGGUACAACGGUCACAAGUUUAGAAUACAAAGUGGUCCCUGAUGAAUUUAAAGAAUUGGUGAAGGAGUUUGCAACCAGAUUAAUGGCUUGGCCACAAUUCAAAGAUUUGCCUUAUCAAGUUUUGACAUCGGCAUUAAUACAAGUUUUGUUGUAUGCAAUCAAAAAUGUAGAUAGUUCUAUCACAAAAAAAAUAAUAAAGAAAUUACUGGAUGAAAGUUUUGCACCGGAUGAUGGUGAGUCGAGAGAGACUCCUGUGACAGCUGAAAGCAAGUUGCCACCAGUGUUUGAUAGUGAAGCAGCUAUUAGAUUAUUAGAAGCAGCAUUGUUUCUAGCUAACAAUAAAAUGUACACACGGAUAUAUGAAAAGUGUUUUGUUAACCGACUCUGCCAGCUGGUCUCUGAACGCAAAACCGCUAUUGUUGUGCAGAAACUCAUUGAUGGAUGUCAAGUCAAGGAAAUGUUCGAACCGAUUUUCGACGAGUUGAGUGGCAGUUUCGAGUUGUUAUUGUCAACUGAUAAAUGCAGCGUUCUAGCGGCCCUCGCCAGGACGUGCGUCAGAUUACGAGCCCGACAGAACCAGUUUAUUAUAAGCUUAGAAGGUGCUUUAAAGUGUACGUCUGAGAAUCAAAAGUAUUUCUCAGUUCUGUGUCUGAGAUUGUCGCAGGCUGAUCAGUUGCAGGUCAAUAACCUCAGCAAAGAGUACUUCGUCUCCAUGUACGGAUCACUCAUACUGCAGUCGAUAUUAUAUUUUCAGCGUCCAGCAAAAGCCGUGAAUAGCCUACUGGAGCUGAGCAGCGAGGAGUUGAUGAUUAUCCUGCAGGAUUCUAAAGGAUGUCAUGUGGCUGAAGCAUUCUGCAAGUCAACAUGCGUUGGAGCUAAAGCUAGGGACAAAUUCGUAUGGAAACUAAAGGGUUGCUACCAGAAGCUGGCUAUAUCACGAUACGGCUCGAUAGCCAUAGAGCAUAUAUUCGCAGCUGUUAGUGAUGAUCAGAAAGUGCAGAUCAUGUCUGAGCUGGCGGACAAGAGUGGUCUCCUCAAUAGCACCAACUAUGGACGACUGGUAGCCGAUAAACUUGACGUAGCUACCUUCAGACUGUCACAGAAGAAAUGGGAGCAGGUUAGAUUGAAAAUAAAGCAAUAA